AUGACGCACCUAUCCUGCGUGGGCAACAUGUUAGAGGCUCUUGACUGGCCGUCUGGCGCAUACCAGGUUAAAAGGGGAUCUCCACCCACGCUAGGCCCCUUGUCAGGAGCACAAGCUGUACUGUGCAUGAUCGCAGCGAGCAUCCCGCUCGAGUCUAUUAUGGUCUCCAAGUUUCAGAUCGCAAUCGUUGGCGUUGGCCAGGUUGGCGGCGCAACGGCCUACGCACUCAUCCUCAGCUCCCUCGCCAGCGAGCUGCUGCUUGUCGACACGGAUAUAGAGCGCAGGGAUGGACAAGUUCAGGACCUCCGCGAUGUUGCCUACGGUUGCAACAGCGGAACACACAUACGGGCAGCCACACACCAAGAGGCAGCCAAGGCCGACAUGAUUGUUGUGACGGCCGGAUCAAAGCACACCAUAGGUCAGACCAACCUCGACUACACGUCGAGGAACAUGUCGAUUAUUCGCGAAGUAAUGGACUGGAUGAAGCCCCUCAGGCUGGACACGAUUCUUCUCAUUGUGGCAAACCCCAACGACCUCCUCACGUCCCUCGCCUGCGAGCUCUCUGACCUUCCGCCCUCGCAGGUCUUUGGCUCGGGCACCUAUCUAGACUCGGUUCGGCUCCGCGGGUUGGUAGCUGAAAGGUCCGGGGUCUCAACGGACAAGAUAGACAUCUCGGUGCUUGGUGUCCAAGGAGAUUCCGAAGUUCUGGCAUGGUCGACUGCAACCAUCAACGGCACGCCCAUCGAUAAAUCGGCCGCAGCCGAGACUCUCAACCGCGAGCAGCUGGCGUAUGAGUGCAAGCACCGAUCGCGCAGCAUCAUCCGAGCAAAGGGUGCGACCCCGUUUGGGCUCGGCUCCGUCGUGGCUAGCAUCUGUGCCUCGGUGCUCCUGGACAAGGGCGAUGUUCACCCAGUCAGCCACCACCAGAAGGAACUUGGUUGCUGCAUCAGCCUACCUGCUGCCAUUGGGAGACAUGGAGUUGUCGGUACUCUGCAGAGGCCUCUGGACAGCGAGGAAGAGUCCAAGAUAGCCCGGUCAUCGGCGGAGCUGAAAGACAUGAUUGAUUGGGUGCAUCAUAGCUACUAA